UUUGUAGUUAGUCAAAAAUUUUAAUACACUUCUGUAAUCAGAAUGCCGGAAGACUUAAUGGUCCCGAGCGGGAGCUAUAAAGUGCGGAAACGCUUUCGCAACGAGGAACAGCGCCGUCACAAAAAAGACUUGCCAUGGUCUAAGCAAAUAUUGGAUAUGGAAGAGAAUCGAUUUUGUGGUCGGACACCUUGGGCAUGGUUCAGAAUUAUAAUGUUCUACCUAGUUUUAUACCUUCUUAUAAUUCUAAUCGUGGUAUUUUGGCUGCUGAUAUUCCAUUUUUUUAUUAUGCCAAAAGACGGACCACGGUGGCUGAAAGGACCUCCAGGGCUUGCGAUCGUACCUGGCAAUUCGACAACUAUAACUUUUGACCCAAACAUGCUUAGUGAAAUUGAACCAUUUGUUGUGAAAAUCGAAAAAUUCCUAAAUAGCCUAAACGACGGCGGCCAGGAAAGUUUUAAGGAAUGCAACCAGGAUACCUGGUGGGGCUAUCAUAGUAAGGCCCCCUGCGUACUUGUCAAAAUAAAUAAGGUAAUUGGAUUUAAGGCCGAAACCUAUGAUACUCUAGAUGAGUUACCAAAUAGUGCGCCCGAUGAGGUAGUAUCUAGCAUGGUCGCAUAUCCAGGCCCUGGUAAAAUCUGGUUAUCAUGUGAAGUUACGAAAGGCACAUCUCCAAAUAUAAAGUAUAUACCAGGCCCAUAUUUUGAUACGAAAAACAACCUGCAAGGCGUCGAUCGGGUGGUGGCUUUGCAACUGAGAGAUAUGCCUCACAACGAGGUCGUUUACAUAACCUGCAAGGUCUGGGCGAAAAAUAUUGAAAUCGUAGAAAAAUAUUCAGGUAAAGGCAAUGCCAAAUUCUCAAUGAACAUGCGAGUUCAACCAUCAAGUAAGCCGCAUGAUCAUGAUACCUCGGCAUCAGCGGUGACAUCGGCACCAGCGGUGACAUCGGCACCAGAAACAUCCGAAGCACCGCAGCAAAGAGAAAAUAUAGAGGAAGCGCCGGAGGUAGCAACGACAGCAAUUGCGACCGAUGACACAGAGAAACCAGAAAUAAAACGAUAAUAAAAGAAAAAACAAACAAUUAUAA